UGUUGUGAUAAACUUAUUAAAUAGAUUAACCAUGUCUUCAGAGAAUUUUGAGCGGACGAAAGAGAAUGUGGCUUCAUUUGUGGCAGACUACAAGAACAGAAUAUCUCGCAAACUCAAGUCCGCCCAGACAUCUCCGGAUGAAUGUGAGAGACUGCUUGGCGAAACGGAACGAGGAGUCGAAGCUGCUUACAGACAACUGCAAAGCAUGGAAAGGGAGGUGUCAGUGGCACCAGCAGAAUACAGGACCAUGAUGAAUGCCAAGCUACGCUCGCUGCAGAGAGACGUCGACACCAUCAACCGAGAGAUUAAGUCAGUGCGAACCAACCAGAGUAUAUCGAGGGGCGGAGGGUUUCCUGGAAGUAGCAGUAUCUACGACCCAAGAGCAGACAUUGCAACUCUUGAGGAUCGACAGAGACAGCAGGUGAUGUUUGGCACAGAUGUGUUGAACAGAGCGAGCGAGAGUGUGGCCAGGACUCAGCGGGUGGCGGCCGAGAACGAGGAGAUAGGCGUGGAGAUCCUGGGCGAGUUGGGAACCCAGAGGGAACAGCUCCAGAGAACCAGUCGAAAGCUGGAUGACACGAAAGCCGAGUUGUCAAAGUCUCGCAAACUCCUUAACACCAUGCACCGCAGAGUAAUUUCAAACAAGUUGUUGCUGAUGGGGAUCAUUCUGUUCGAAAUCAUCAUCUUGUUCGCAGUUAUUUAUAUCAAGUUCAUCAAAUGAGAUCAGAAAUUGUUAAUAUUUAUAGCACAGAACAGUCGCAAUCAUUCUUCUGGAUUUAGAGUUCCUAUUUUCUGAAUGUCAACAACGCUCUAUUGUAGAAUUA